CAAACUAGCCCCCCAUGAUGUAAAUGUAUUAUGGGCAUGAGAGAAAUUAGAACAAAAUAAUUUAUGAAGAGUGUGAGAAGAAUAUAAACUAAUUGCUUAUAUAAACCCAUGUGUAUUGUCAUACCCCCUACACACCUUAGCAAGUUUUAAGGGUUUAUGUCUACCCAUCAAAUGGGUUUUCGUCCAAGAAGUUUGAUGAUGGUCCUCAUUUUGUUUGAAGUGUUUUUCAACAUUAGUGCCAUAUCAAAAAAUGCAAGUUUUGAUCAAAAUUAUCAAGUAACAUGGGGAAGAGAUCGUAUUUUGUUUUUUAAACAUGGACGAGAAGUUCAAUUGUCUUUAGACCAAUCUUCAGGGUCUGGAUUCGCGUCAAAUGCAUAUUAUGGAUCCGGGUUCUUUCAAAUGAAGAUUAAGAUACCUGAUAGGGAUUCUGCUGGUGUUGUCACUGCUUUUUAUUUGAAUUCAAAUGUGGGCGUACAUGAUGAAUUAGACUUCGAGUUCUUGGGAAACAGGCCAGGCAAAGACAUUGUUUUACAAACAAAUGUCUUCGCAAAUGGACUUGGCGGCAGAGAGCAACGAACCCUUCUUUGGUUUGAUCCCACCUCAGAUUUUCAUUACUACAAAUUCUUGUGGAAUCAACACCAAAUUGUGUUUUAUAUCGAUGAUAUACCAAUAAGAGUAUACAAGAACGAAAAAGUCACGGGCGUAAUUGGAUACCCACAUCGGGCAAUGCAAGUGAUUGUAAGCUUAUGGGAUGGGUCUAAUUGGGCUACUGAUGGAGGUAAAACUAAAACCAAUUGGUCCAAUGCACCAUUUCAGGCCCACUUUCAAGAUUUUCAUAUUGAUGGGUGUCCGUCAAAUCCAAAUAUUCCAAAUAAAGACUGUUAUUCCACAAAGUAUUGGUGGAACAAGAAAAACUAUUGGCAACUAAACCGUCAUCAAAAGAAAAGUUAUGAUAACGUUAGAAAGAAGUAUAUGAAUUAUGACUAUUGUACUGAUAAAAAUAGGUACCAUAUCCCUCCUCCAGAAUGCCUUGAGGAGUAA